GGGGGCGCAGGCGCGGCGGGUGCCAAGGCCCUCCCUUGGGGGCGGGGGCGGGGAGGGCUGGGGGUGGGGUUAGAGAAAAGGACGCGGACGGGAUCCAAACUUCCGGUGCCUGCGGAGCCGGGAGCGGCGGUGCUACAGAUCCAGGCUGCACCGUUGGUGGCUGCACGGGCAGAGGCGGCAGGGCGGACGCACGGCCGGGCGCAGCCAUGGUGAAGAUCAGCUUCCAGCCGGCGGUGGCCGGCAUCAAGGGCGACAAGGCCGACAAGGCUUCGGCCUCGGCCUCCGCCCCGGCGCCCGCCCCGGCCGCUGAGAUCCUGCUGACGCCGGCUCGGGAGGAGCGGCCCCCCCACCACCGCUACAAGAAGGGGAGCUCUGUGGGCGGCGUGUGCUACCUGUCGAUGGGCAUGGUCGUGCUGCUUAUGGGCCUCGUGUUCGCCUCCGUCUACAUCUACAGAUACUUCUUCCUCGCUCAGCUGGCCCGCGACAACUUCUUCCACUGCGGCGUCCUCUACGAGGACUCCCUGUCCUCCCAGGCCCGUACGCGCAUGGAGCUGGAGGAGGACGUGAAGAUCUACCUGGAGGAGAACUACGAGCGCAUCAACGUGCCCGUGCCCCAGUUUGGCGGCGGCGACCCUGCCGACAUCAUCCACGACUUCCAGCGGGGUCUCACCGCCUAUCACGACAUCUCCUUGGACAAGUGCUAUGUCAUCGAGCUUAACACCACCAUCGUGCUGCCCCCUCGCAACUUCUGGGAGCUCCUUAUGAACGUGAAGAGGGGGACCUACCUCCCGCAGACCUACAUCAUCCAGGAGGAGAUGGUGGUCACGGAGCACGUCAGCGACAAGGAGGCCCUGGGCUCCUUCAUCUACCACCUGUGCAACGGGAAGGACACCUACCGGCUGCGGCGCCGGGCCACCCGGAGGCGGAUCAACAAACGAGGGGCCAAGAACUGCAACGCCAUCCGCCACUUCGAGAACACCUUCGUGGUGGAGACGCUCAUCUGCGGGGUGGUGUGAAGCCCCGCCCCUCGCCCCAGGCCCCGCCCCCGCCCUCUUUCUUUCGCUCUUCCGGCCACGGGCUGGCCCUCCUUCCCCGCGCUUAGCUUGUACUUUGGAAGCCUUUCUGUAGAUGUGAUGUGUCUCCCCGUGUCUCCCCAGCCCUGCCCGUUUCCCUGUACCAGAGCUGUGACCUCUCAGGGCCUCCGCCCCUGCUGACCUUCCCGAUCUGGGGGAUGGAGGGGGCGCCCCAAGAUGGUUUCUGUCACCACCAUCUUGAGGUCAGGUCCAUGCGGGCCUGGCCCACCGCUGCACCAGCAGCCCGAAGGGAAGGACUGGUCGGAAGGGCCAGGCAGGUUGGGGUUCCGGCAAGGGAUCAGGUGGGGAGCUGGGUGUGGAGUGGGGGCGGGGGGGGUUCCGAAUGUCUGCACAGCUGGGAAAGCCCCCCAAAGGUUUUGCCUUGCACGCUUCCUCCCCCCCCGCCCCGCCCCCGUCCCAGUUCCCGGACCUGAGCUGAGGAUGGAGGGGCCGUGCCGAGGGACAGACCCACCCAGAGCACAUGGGAAGGUGACUGUCCUGGCGUGGGGGGGGGGGGGUCUCCCCAGGACUCCUGUCAGUGCCUUCAGCCCACCAGCGGAAGCCUGGAGCUUGGGGAGUGGGAUGAGUCCGUCAAGCACAAUUGUUCUCCGGGUGGAACCAAAGAAAGGAGGAGCCAGGGACCCCAUUCCUGGCCCCCCAGGAGCACAAGCAGGGUCCCCGCGGCCACAGCCACAGACCCGGGCAGGGGGCGGGGUCGCUUUUCACCCCGCCCGCCGGGCAGCCCUGCUGGACGGAGCUGGGAUGCGCUGCGAGUCCUGCUGAGUGGGUGGGGCUCGCUGCUGCCUUUUCCGGCUUAGGGCUGUUUUGGAAGGUACCUGGGGGAAGGGAAGGGAGGGCCACCUGGUACGUACACCCCCUGCCUCCUCUUUGUUUCAAAUUCCAUCCCCCUGUGCUUUGGGGGAACGCAGCGUUUUUUUCCUUUUCCUUCUCACUUUUGCAUGUUUUUACUGACCAUUCGAUAUGCUAACCGUUCUGAGCCCUGAAGAGAGGGCUUCGACGCCUCCAGUCAGACUUAGGUGCUCUCUGGAGAUGAAACUCUUAAUGAAAUGCUUUGUAUAUUUUCUCAAUUAGAUCUCUUUUCAGGAGUGUCUGUAGAACAAUAAAAAUCUUUGACUUCUGA